CGGUGGUGAACUGAGAUCAAGCGAGAAGAAAACCAGUGAAGGAGAAGCUACGAGGAGGCAGAGAACAAAUUGAUGAACAAUCUGGAAAAAGGAAGUAACAACGGAGAUCAAAACAGAGAAGAAGGAGUAGGACUCGUGGCACAACAAUAAAUGGCAGCCUCGUCGGCGGCAAUGGACGGCGUUGCAGCGGCGGCGCUCCGUUCUGUGCUCCAGCGAGUCCACCAGGCUGCGGAGCGGGCGGGUCGGGUACCCGAUCGUAUCAAAGUCGUUGCUGUUAGCAAGACCAAACCGGUUUCUCUGAUCCGCCAAGUGUACGACGCUGGUCACCGACAUUUCGGUGAAAAUUACGUCCAAGAGCUUGUCGAGAAAGCUCCUCAGCUUCCAGAGGAUAUUCAAUGGCAUUUUAUUGGUCAUCUGCAGAGCAAUAAAGUAAAACCUUUACUAGCUGGGGUACCUAACCUUGCAAUGGUGGAGAGCGUGGAUGAUGAGAAGAUUGCAAAUCGAUUAGACCGAAUCGUUGCAGAUAUUGGAAGAAAGCGGUUGAAGAUCUUGGUCCAAGUAAAUACCAGUGGAGAAGAAUCAAAAGCUGGUGUUGAGCCUUCAGGAUGUGUGGAACUGGCCAAACAUGUCAAUCAGGCCUGUCCAAAUCUUGAGUUUUGUGGCUUGAUGACAAUAGGAAUGCCGGAUUAUACUUCUACUCCAGAGAACUUCAAGACCUUGGCAAACUGCAGAACUGAGGUCUGCAAGGCACUUGGUAUUCCAGAAGAUCAAUGUGAACUAUCAAUGGGCAUGUCUGGUGACUUCGAACAAGCGAUUGAAAUGGGAAGCACGAAUGUCAGGAUUGGAUCUACUAUAUUUGGCGCUAGAGAAUAUGCGAAGAAGUAAAACUUGCAAGCAGAAACAUCAGAGGCAUUUGUUUUAGUCUGCAAUGCAAAAUCCCAAUAUCAAUGUAGAAGUCAAGUCAAUUUUAUUACCUGAUACGGGUCAUUUUAUUUAUAAAUGUAAACCAGUUGAUAUACCUCUUGUAAGCAUGGCAUGGAUGUUGGACAUAAGGAAUUAUUAACAUCCUUAUGUUAAUAAAAAUUCUGCUCAAUUGAGUUCUUCAA